AUGACAGCUUUAAAAUAUCUAUUAACCCUCUUGUUUGUGGGUGUGGUAAUAGCAGAACCCCAAUGGUAUAAUAGUCGGGAUGGUCGUCGUUAUUUAAUUGAUGCCGAGCAAAAGUACAAUUGGUUAAGUGCCCAACAGGCUUGCUCCCGCCGAAACUUGCAAUUGGUGGAAAUUAAGUCGGCAGCCAAAAAUGAGGCCUUAGUGGAAGUUCUUAGCUCUACCUUCAAACGUCCCAUCAACUUGUGGUUGGGUGCCAAUGACGAAUUCAAUACCAAUCAGGAUCCAAAACGUCCCUUCUAUUGGUCAUCCUCAGGCAAACGUAUGGACUUUACCAAUUGGUCCGAAGGCAGCCCAGCCAAUGCCGGUUCCAAUGAACACUGUGUCCAUAUUUGUGCUAAAACCCAAAACUAUGAAUGGAGCGAUUUGCCAUGUACCGAACAAAUUGGUUUGAUCUGUGAGGAGCAACCCUCUUACAAUACACAUCGUGCCUCGUUGCAAGAGAAGGGUCAGAAAGUUUUGGAUAUUACAAAGAAAUUAUUUGGUUCCCAACAACAUGAACAAAAGAAGUCAAUGGAAAAAUUUAUGCAUCUCAUUAGUCAGGUGGUAAAGAAAAAUAAUGAAAUCUCACGUUAUUUGGAAAAGAUUGAAUCGAAUAUGUCCCAUAGCAAUGAUCAUAGUGUUCAAUUGCGUAACAAAGAGCUGCGUUCAUAUGUUGAGGCUGCAUUGAAGACGGUGCAGGAAUUGGAUCAGGAAAUGCAAGAUGCUGCUCAUCAAAUGUAUACGAAAUUCUCCAAGGAUUUCAAUGAUGUUCAAAAGACCAUUGAAUACAUUAUGGGAAAUAAAAAUGAACAAUAA